AUGAAAACCUAUGCUAUUGCUCUUAUGGUUAUAGCUUGUUGCGUUGCUGUCAUUGCAGCCCUUAUAAUUCUGCGUCGUCUGUGCAACAGUGGCCGCAAAAAGAAGGAAACUACUCAAAAUCCUGUUAGUACAGCGCCUCGUGAGACAACUCCGGCGGCGCCUCCUGUGACAGUUCCUCCGCCUCAACGAACUCAUGUUGAUGUGGAAAAGGGAGAGAGAAAACCCAAAAGCAGUGGCACAAAGAAUGGUGGAAUGGUUAUUAUGGGAGGACAAACUUUUAGUAGGGUUGAUUUGGGUUGCGGUGGAGGUGGAUUUAGUGACAGUGGCGGAGGAGGAGGUAGUUGUGCUAGUGGUGGUGUUGGUGGUGGUGGAAGCAGUUCUUGGGGCUGGUUGUUGAAGCUUGCGGUGGUGGUUGCAGUAGCAGUGGCUGUGGUGGUGGUUGCAGUAGCAGUGGCUGUGGUGGUGGUUUUGGGGAUCUUCAAGAUAGAAGCCUACGUUAUCGCUCUUAUAGUUAUUGCUUGUUGUGUAGCUGUAAUUGCAGCCCUAAUAAUGCUGUGUUGUCUGUGCAACGGUGGCCGCAAAAAGAAGGAAACAAAUCAAUACUCCCAUGGUAAGGCGCCGAGUGUGACAACUCCGGCACCUCGUGUGACAGCUCCUCCACCUCAGCGAACUCAUGUUGAUGUCGAAAAAGGAGAGAAAAAAACCAAAAGCAGUGGCACACUAAAUGGUGGAAUGGUUAUUUUGGGAGGAGGUGCUGGUUUGGCUACUGCAGCUGCUAUUGCAAGUGUUAGUAGUGGCGGUGGCGGUGGCGGUGGGGGUUGUGGUGGUGGAGGUUGUGGCGGUGGAGGCUGUGGUGGUGGUUGUUAG